UACGAAUGUUUGCCCUAGAAGUAACCAUACCAGAAAAGUCAUUGGGUAUGGCGAAAUAGGGCCGGUGGUGGUCAAGAUUGAUUUGUUUGUAUGUUAGUUUUAAUAGCCUUAGGAAUGAAUUCCAUCCGUUCAUAGCAACUGAAUACCUGUGUCCACUUUGGAACCGUUUUUCCAUGGUCUCCGCUGUAACAACCGUAGUCGAGCGCAGCGCUGUCUUGCAUCACAGACAGUCCUACACUUUCAAACAGGUUGCGCAGAAGGAAACCAGUCACGGUAGUCCUUUCCCCUCUCACUUCAUGCCAGACCUCGACGAUGACAGGGCCGCUCUAAUGCUUGGAGUCGACGACGACGAAGAGCAUUUCCUUGGCCAGAAUUUACCGACUCGUACCCAGCAUGGAUUAACACGAGCUGAGGCAAUACAAGGAAUGGCCAACCGGUUCAUGUAUUCCCGUUUCUACAUCAUGUUCUACCUUGGCUUGGCGGGGCUGAGCUUGGUGUCUAUCAUAUUGUCUCUAGCAGAGACGUGUCCGUCACUGCUUUUUAUUAUAUUAGAAGCAAUCAUCAACGCUGCUAUGAUUCUCGAAGUAUCAAUACGAAUGGUGGCGCUACGAAGGGUUUAUUGGAAAUCAAUUUGGAAUAUCAUUGAUACCAUUCUCGUGAUUCUUUGCGCCAUUACACUUAUCGUGAUCGCAUCCGGAUGUUCUGCUUCCGAAAGAAGCGAGGCAUUAUUCGAUACUAUUUUACUUGUGAUACGAAACUGCGUGCAAUUCUUCCGUCUUUUCAUGAUGAUGCGAAAAAAUCAACAUUCGCUAAGCACUCGGUCGGCACGGAUCGAUUUCGAUGACCUUAGAAAUCAACCGCGAAAUGCCUCAGUGGAGUUUAGUGCUAUGGAGCGAGGCGUCAGUCUAGAGGGUGGCUUCUUGGAUGACAGUGAUGAUGACGAUGAGGGCAGAAUUAUAUAAUGAACCAUAGCUGGAUUUGUACUUUUAUUUGUAUCGAGACGUUUGCUUUUCAUAAAUCGUUUAGGAUGGCGGGGGAGUUUUUUUUCCCUAGAACCAGGAAUCAAAUAACCAUCUACAUAUGUUUACACUAUUGUUUCAUCCCCGCACUGCAUCCUUU